GCGUUGCAAGAUCCCAGCUGAGGGGGACAGCAGUCAGUCAACUCCAUCACUCAUAGUAGCGAUCUGAUGAAGAAGACGAAGGAAGAAAAGAAGACGACACUGCCACGUAGGCGCAAAAGGCAGGAGCCAGAGGAGAACGAGAAUGAAGCGGACAGUAAUGGUGAUGGCGCUUCAAAACGAAGGAGGCGGGAACCUCCUCUUCGAGAGAAGUCAUCUUCAUGUCCACCUGGAGAGAAUGCAUCUCCAUCUCCACAUGGAGAUGAGGCAUCCCCGUCUCCAGGUGGAGCCAAGGCAUCCCCAUCUCCACGUGGUGAGAAGGGGGGAUCUCCAUCUCCAGGUGGAGAGAAUGCAUUGCAGCUGCCAUCUACAGACAAGCUGGUGGGUGAGGGUCCUCGUUGUUCACGUCCCGUGAUUCUGUUUGCUCAUGGAGCAGGUGCAGGAUCAUCAUCUGAUUGGAUGGUCAAGUGGAAAUCUCUUCUGGAAUCCUUCACGAAUGCUGUUAAAGUCAUUACCUUUGACUACUCCUAUAUGAAGGCGAAAGGCGACCGGAGGAGAGCUGCACCACCAAAGGCUGAGCGGCUUGUCAAUGAGCAUGUCGAGCAGCUAGAGAAGGCUGUGUCUGCUUUUCCCAGUCAUCCAGUUGUCUUAUGUGGCAAGUCGAUGGGGUCGCGUGUAGGGUGCAUGGUCGGUGGAAGUGCGGAAUGGGCGAGCCGUGUGUCAUCGAUCGUGUGUUUGGGAUAUCCCCUUCGUGGAAUCAACGGCAAGGUUCGUGACGAGACGCUCGUGGAGCUCAAGGUGCCGGUUCUCUUCAUCCAGGGGGAUAAGGACAGCCUUUGUCCUCUGGAGAAGCUGAAGGAUGUUAGAACUCGGAUGACUGCAGAGAGUGAGCUGUAUGUCGUUGAUGGCGGGAACCACUCAUUGGAUGUUAGUGCCAAAGUGCGUCGCGAUAAGGGAAUUGAUCAGGACCAGGCCGACAAGAUGGUCGCUGAAACGAUUGCGAAGUUUCUUCGCCGCGUCAUCUGACAUUCUGGCGAGGGCAAUGAUUCAGUUUCCGGGCACCCGGUCAAUGCCACCGUGAACCGAUCUCUUCGACAAGGAAGAGUAUUACCUAUCCUUCCUCAAACUGGUACGAUCAAAAAGCAACCUUGAUGACAUGAGGAUCACAUUACCGGCACCAGCACCUUAGCUGUUCUUUAAGUUCUCUGUUGAAGAUCGAUAACGACUUCAUGACGAUGGUCCCAGGAAGGGUUUUGGUAAGAAGAGGGGCGGAAGGCAGAGGCUGGGAUGCCAAUGCUGUACGGUAGGGGCAAUCAGGGGUACAGCUAAGGAAGGGUUGAGGAUUUUACUCCCUUGUAUUUGUUUUUGUUUAAUGAAAAGGAAGCUACCGGUUAGUCAUAAAUAAAGCAAGGCCAUGUCAGAAAAUCAGCCAGGCUCUUAACGCACAAGUACAGUUGACUGCAAGAAUAGAACAAAUGAAUUGGUGCUAUCAAAAACUUGGUGAACAUAACAAAGGGAUAAGGUGUUA